AUGGCGACUAAUCGCGUACGGCUUAUUACACCCGUUUAUCAAAUUAAUCCGAAUCGUAAAAAACAUACAAAAAAUCAAACGAAACAUGGCGAAGACAAUAUAGCUUUUGCAGAAGAAUAUGAAGACAAUAUUGAUUUAGAACUGUUUCCAAAUAUUGAAUCUAAUACAAAUAAUUUAAAUAUUGUAUUUAGUAAUGAAACUUCAACAGUUCAUAUUGAUAAUCCAGAAGAUUCUGUAGCUUCAACACAAUCAAUUUCUACUAAUGGGAAUGAACAAGUAUUAGAUGAAGAAGUAGCAACAAAUGUUUCAAAUAAAGAUGAUCCUUCUAUAUUGGUUUUAACAUUUCGAUCAUGGUUUCUUGGUCUUUUAUUUACAUGUGUUCUUUCGUUUGUAAAUCAAUUUUUUUGGUAUCGAACAUCACCACUUUUUGUUGGUACUCUUGUUGCACAAUUAUUAACAUAUCCAUUAGGUAAAGGAAUGGCUAAAAUAUUACCAGAUCGAAAAUUUAAAAUAUUUCGAUGGAGUUUUACUCUUAAUCCAGGUCCAUUUACUAUUAAAGAACAUUGUAUUAUAACAGCAAUGGCUAAUGCAACAUGUAGUACAGCAUAUGCUAUUGAUGUUAUUACAACAUUGCGAAUAUUUUAUAAACGCUUACUUCAUCCAUUAGUUGGUAUUACUUUUGUUAUUACAUCACAAAUUUUAGGUUAUGGAAUAGCUGGUAUUAUGCGAAAAUUUCUUGUUUGGCCAUCAGCUAUGAUAUGGCCAACUAAUCUUGUUAAUUGUGCUCUUUUUCGAACUUUACAUAAUGAUAGAGAUAUUGAUAGUAAAGAAGAAGUAAAUAAAGAAUCAUAUUGGAAAAUGUCACGUCUACGAUUUUUUUUCAUUGCAUCAUUGUGUCAAUUUUUAUGGUAUUGGUUUCCUGGUUUUAUUUUUCCUGCUUUAUCACUUUUUUCUUGGAUAUGUAUGAUUAAACCAGAUAAUGUUGUUCUCUCACAACUUACUGGAAUUAAUGGACUUGGUAUAGGUUCAAUAGAAAUUGAUUGGAAUGCAUGGGUUGCAUUUCUUGGUUCACCAAUAAUUGUUCCAUUCUGGGCUCAAAUUAAUAUACUGAUUGGCUUUGUUUUAUUAGCAUGGAUAAUAGCACCUAUUGUAUAUUAUACUAAUCUAUGGGAUUCAAAAGCAAUGCCAAUUGUUAGUAAUCGUGUUUUUACUGCAGACGGUUAUUUCUAUAAUGUUUCGGCUGUACUAAAUUCACAAAUGCGUUUAAAUGAAACUGCUUAUAAAAACUAUGGUGAGCUUCGAAUGUCAACUAUUCUUGCUCUUUCGUAUGCUAUAUCAUUUGCUGCAAUAUCAGCAGUUAUUGUUCAUACGAUAUUGUAUCAUGGUAAAACAAUAAUAAAACAAUUUCGAUCAUCUCUGAAGGAUGAUCAUAAUGACAUUCAUGCUGUACUUAUGUCUCGCUAUCGUGAAGCACCAGAAUGGUGGUAUACCAUAUUGUUUAUCAUAGCAUUUACUCUUGCUAUUAUUGUUUGUCAUGUUGGUAAAUUAAUGCCAUGGUAUUAUCUAAUUCUUGCUGUUGCAAUUGCAUUUAUUUUUGUUCUACCUACUGGUAUUGUUCAAGCUAUUACCAAUCAAACCAUUGGACUUAACGUUAUUACUGAAUUUGUUGCUGGUAUUGUCAUUCCCGGUGAUCCCCUAGCUAAUAUAACAUUUAAAACUUAUGGAUAUAUUACACAAUAUCAAGCUCUACUUCUAAUAUCUGAUUUAAAAUUAGGUCAUUAUAUGAAGAUUCCACCACGUGCAAUGUUUGUUACUCAAUUAGUAGGUACAAUUAUAGCAGGCAUUGUGAAUUAUCUAACAGCAACCUAUUUAAUGAAUAAUAUUCCAAAUAUUUGUACACCACAAAAUACUCGAUGGACAUGUCCUAAUGCUAAUAUAUUUUUUAGUGCAUCUAUUAUUUGGGGAGCUAUCGGUCCAAAAAAAAUGUUUGGCAAAGGAUCUAUCUAUUCACCACUUCUCUAUGGUUUUCUCGGUGGUAUUCUUCUUCCUAUACCAUUUUGGUUUCUUAUGAAAAAAUUUCCUAAUGUUAAAUGGUUGAAAUAUAUUCAUUUUCCAAUUAUGUUAACAGCAACAGCAAUAAUGCCACCGGCUCCACCUGGUAAUUUUCCAUCAUGGCUUUUAGUUGGAUUUAUUUUCAAUUUUAUACUUCUUCGACAUGCACGAUCAUGGUGGAAACGUUAUGCAUAUGUUUUUUCGGCAGCAAUGGAUUGUGGUGUGGCUUUUGGUGUAUUAAUAAUCUUUUUUAUAAUGCAAAAUAAUGGAAUAGAAUUUCCAACAUGGUGGGGAACUGGUGGACAUACUGGAGAUGGUUGUCCAUUCUCACAUGCUAAUUAUUCGGGAAUUAUUCCCAGAGAUCGUCCAAUAUCUAUUAAUUGA